AUGUCGUUGGCUCGUGCUUGCCUCAGCGGUGCUCUCCGCGGCCGCUGCUUUCCCAGCACCAUCGUCGCCGCCGCGCGCUUAAAACAAGGCCUGGCUCCGGCUUCUCCACUUCCGCUGCCGUACUCCUCUUCCGCAAUUGAAAACAGAGACGACGACAAAAGCAGCGUCCAGGUGGAGGUGACUCAAACGUCUUCGCUGGCACCUGCUCGGGGCCGCGGCCGGCGUUGGCUCUCUUGGAGGAAUCCGCGGGACCACUUCCCCCUCCAUAUGAACUCUGGGCUGGGUAACGCGCUGAUGCAGGUGUCGGAGAACCUGAACCGACUGCUCAAAAGUUGGUCGCCGUCGCGGCUUCUUGGCCGGUUGAAGGAGGACGACAAGUGCUACAAGCUCCGGUUCAUGGUGCCGGGUCUGCGGAAGGAGGACGUGCGCGUCACCGUGGAGGACGGGAUGCUGGUGAUUACCGGGGAGGUGGAGGAGGAGGAGGAGGACCACGAGGGGGGGAGGUGGUACGCGUACGGGUACUACAACACGACGCUUCUUCUGCCGGAGGACGCGAAGGUGGACGAGAUCACAGCGGAGCUGAGGGACGGCGUGCUGCGGGUCUACAUACCAAGGGUGGAGGAAAAGAAGAGCUACGCGAGGAUUGAGCUCCACUUCGCCGCUGAUCCUGUCUUAGAAACAGGAAAGAUGGCUGCUAAAACUAUGUGGAAGGCCUUGUUGAGUGACUCCACAAAGUUAGUAGAUGAAGAGAUGGACACUCAUGGGGAAGUUGAACUGGAGAGUCACGGGUUGUUGUCCAUCGACCCCUUCAAGGAUUUGAUCGACGAGGAGGAAAUGAGUCGAGCCUUUGGGAUCGAUGCAGCCACCAACACCGAGGAGUUGCCACCUACACGACCCUCCCUGCUGCUGAUAGCUAUUCCCUUCGAGUCCACAACCUCCGCCAAAGCCCUAAUCCACCAUCAAUGCCAUAAAAGACGUCGAUCAACCACGCUUGUCGAAUCGGCCACAUCUUUACCACAAGCCUCUACUGAAGCCUCGACCGCAUGA